UAUGUUUCAAAAACAGUUGGUAUUGCACAAAGUUCAAGUGGAGUAAAUCCAGAACUUAAUUGCACAGAAAUUAGUUUAGCUUUGGCAUUUAUUUUACCUCAUAGAAAGAGGUAUAAAUUUUUGACUAGUUUCUUUAUUCUUAAUUUGUGA